AUGUCUCAGGACAGUUAUGAAAUAGUCAUGAGAAGCACUGGCAGUGUGGAUGUCGUGGUAGCUACCACUCGGUCGUGCGCCUCUCAUUCCAGCCUCCCCUCUUCGAAAAUCCUGAUAUCCUCCCCAGCUGACCCCAAUGCACCUGCCACCCCUGUAGGAAACACCUACAGCAACGUCUACUUAUGCCAGCUGAACUCAGAAUCUUUCCUUUGGAACUUUGAUACCACUACAAGUAUCUUGACAGCUCAGUGGGUCAAUUCUGAUUUAUAUCGUAGUUCUCACUUCAAAUCUUAUCUCCAGCUUGUCGGCGACAUGGUUUCAUUCGCCUUGGCACAUCCCAACGCUGGUUCUGUGCAACUAAAAUUGCUCCGGACUUGUGACUCCUCCUACUCGGACUCUGUCCCUACUCUGUCAGUUAACAUGUCUCUCGAGGCAAUCGAGGUUUGCGAGAGUGUUGCUGUUGAAGCAAAUUCAAGCUAUCAAAGCACAAUUUCCAAAUCAUAUGAUCUUUUUUCUGCUUCCAACUGA